UAUGAUUAUGGGCAGAUUAUACAAUUCUUUGUCAAAAGAGAUGCAAAAAAGCAAGCCAUCGCCCAAUGUAAUUAAUUCAUACUUAAACCAAGAGUUUAAAUCAAGACGAGCCCGUAUCAAGAAAAUGCCAGCAACAGAAAGAUGCUCAAGAUUGUUUGAGCUGUAUCCAUGCUUUAAAAACCCUGUAGAGAUUAUUGAAGAGGUGCGCCGGAUUAAUGAAAAAGCUGCCAAUAAUGAUCCCAAGAAAUUUAUGAAUGAAUGUGUCAUGAGAUUGAAAGAAGAGCUGGAUGUAAUGUUAUAUUUUGGUUGCUCAAAGCAAAGGAUGGAGCUCCCUAAAAAACCUGGAAAGGUUUCCAAAGUUGUACAGCUUAUGAAGAAUUUGCACUUGUUGUUUGGCAAUGGAAAGCUAAAUAAGUCUGCCAAGAAGCUCAUUGAGCUUAUUUAUGUGAUUAAGGAUCACGAGGAUCCAGAGACAGUUUGUAGCCGACGACAAGGUAAAGGUAUUCCUUUGUUAUGUCUGGAUAAGACAUCAGCCUACCUCGUCUGCCAAGGUACCCUUAUUUUCACAGUGGAACUAAGGAAUAUAAUGCAAGCAGUCUUGGCAUUAAUCGGAUUAUUUUAUCUUAUUGAUGUGGAUUAUCCAAAAUCUCAUGAGCUAGGUCUAACUAUGCUCCACAGCUUAUUAUUUCACGAUAUGAACACCCCUGCAGACCUGUAUAACUCAUUUGAGUCUGCCAAAGAGGAUUACUUGAAGUUCAAGCAGAACUCAUCUGACGAUUUUUAAACUUUAAUGCAAUGUGUGAUAGGUUAAUAUACAUUGUCAAGAAAUAGAGGGCUUGAGCUUCGCAUUUGAAGACAGGCUGAGUUGAUUUUUUGCAUAAAAUUUGGGCAUCAUUUCUUCGCUUUUUAUUUUCAUUCCGGCGGCCUCAAACAAAUUAUCAUGCAAUUCAAUUCGAACAUAUCACGUUUGCCAUCAUUGCCUCAUCAUUGCC